AUGUCCAACAAACCAAACGCCCAAGUCGAACCCGACGACCUCACCAAUCCCAAACUAAACGUCUCCUGCCUCGACUUCCUCCUCAUCGAACUCGUCCCGCUCGCGCAGAGAAUCACAGACCAACUGCACGCCCGCGAACGAGCGCUCAUAGAAGACUUCAAGAAGAGCAAGAUCUUCAACAGCAAGGACGAAGACAUCAACGCUGCGAAGUUGACCAGUAGUAGUAGUGGUAGGAACCACCGAGAAAGCGGCGCGCCUACAGUCACUGUGACGGACACAACGGAUGGGAACUCUUCGAUAGCAUCGACGGGAGGUGCAGAUGCGGUAGGAAGAAGCAGUAGCAACACAGGAGGCGGUCCGCCCUCCAGCAUCUCCGACACAACCCGCGAAGCAAUCUUCUGGCGUCUAGACGGCCUAGGCUACCGCGUGGGACAAGGAUUGGCAGAGCGGUAGGUACGGAUCCUCACCAUCUCUCUCUAUUCAAACACACACACACACACACACACCAUACUCAUCCAAUGCGCUGCAGUUUCUCCUCCGGUAAACCCCGCCCGACAACCCCCCUCGAGGCGAUAAAAUUCAUCUGUAAAGACCUCUGGAUCCUGCUCUUCCGGAAACAAAUCGAUAACCUCAAAACCAAUCAUCGCGGUGUUUUCGUCCUCACGGAUGCAAAAUUCCAACCUCUGUCGAGGAUGAGUGUCGAUCGGAGGGCGGGGCCAAAGGCUUCCGAAGAGGCUUUACGGCAGGCUCAGAGCGUACGUUGCGAUUGUCCUCUGUAAUAUGACUUGUACUCUCGCUAAAUGUCGUCUCUAGUACCUCUACUUCCCCUGCGGCGUUAUCAGAGGCGCUCUGCAAGGUCUGGGAGUAGAUGUGACCAUCACGGCGGAAACGUCGGAAAUUCCCACUGCCACAUUUCAGAUCAAGACAAAAGGCGCCAAGGCAUGA